CGUCUCAGUUGCCCUAACUUAGGUCGCCUAGUGCAGUCGUAAAGUUGCUCUAUUUUUGCCGAUGUCAUGAAAAGUCUUAUUCUUUUCGCUAUAUUGGUCCAAAUGGGUCUCUAUAAAUGCGAGGAGCUGUUUAAAUCUUUAGAAAGAAACAAUGAGUUUAUUUCUUUCACAAAUUUCAUGAAAGAUGAUGGGUAUUUUCUAGACGUGAAAAUUCUCAAGGAAAUCACAGCGAGAGAUUACAUUGAUUGCUGGCUGGAAUGCCAAAGCCAUCCUUCUUGCCUCUCCAUAAACGCCGACUCGGAACCCGACCAGAAAUCACGUUUCUGGUGUAAACUUCUCUCUGAUGACAAAUACAACGCUUCCGAUAAGUUUAGGCCCAACGGGUCCUCGCACCACUUCAGAAUUCCGAAUCCCUGUGAAAACCUUCGGAACUGUUCCGGUCUUGUCAAGUGUAAAGCGGACUACGUUAACAACACGGGGGCUUGUGCCUGCCCGGCCUGCUUCAUCGGGGAUGCAUGUGAAUCAUAUAUUUCGGGCGCUCUAGGGAUGGAGAAUGGCAAAAUACUUGAAUCACAAAUUUCCGCGUCGUCUGCUCUUGCUGAGGAUCACAGUCCUAAGUUCGCAAGACUACACAACACAUUCAAUCCUUCAGCCGGCAACUAUGGCAGUUGGGGAGCUAAAACCAAUCAGAUAGGAGAGUAUCUUCAGAUAAACCUCCUUGUGCUUAAGUACAUCACCAAGGUCGCAACCCAAGGUAAGAAUGAAGUUGGUGGAUCUCAAUGGGUGACGCGGUACCGACUUGAUUACAGCCAAGACGGCACAAACUGGCUGGUUUACAAGGAAUUCAGCGGUAAUAUAGAUAGGAAUAGCGUUGUUACCCACGUCAUACAAGAUCCCUUCAAGGCUGUUAUGGUGAGAUUCGUAGUUCAAGAGUGGAGCGUACACAUCUGCAUGAGGGUGGAGGUCUAUGGAUGCAGCACCCAAUAACACGGCCAACAAACACCACUCGAUUAAGCCAAGGAUAUCAAACAAGAUAGGCAUGGAACAUCCAACAACACCAGGAACACCAAAAA